AUGGCGUCGCGCAAGGCCCUCCAAACCCGAGACCUCAACCGCUCUCCAGCGGAGCGCCAGCUCGCCAAACGUCUGUCUCCAACCGUUGCGGCAAAGACCUUGGGAGGUACAAAGCGACCCAAGCCGCUCGUGAGCAGCCGACACGCCCCUAGCACGCGCCCUCAAGAUGCGCGCCGCAAGCCCGCCAUCAACUCUACCUGGACAGCUUUUAUGGAUCUGCUUACCCGCGCUGUUAACAUUGUGGGCACCGAUGAUGCCGAAAAUCAGGAGCCAGCCAUGCGACCACGCCAACUGAAAAAGCUCAAGGCCCGCGGUACCGUGGUCACGCCCGAUCGCAACAGUGGGCGAAUCGUCGAAAAAAUGACCAUGUUGAAGAUUGAGGAUGAGCAUGCUGGCGCUUCCUCACCCGCCAACACUCGGCGCAAGACGCUGACACGCCGCGAUCUGCUUCGCGAGCAAUACCGACAGUCCAUUCUCACGCCGAACAGCCGCCGACACCGAAACCGCCGUCGAUACGCCGAGGAGUUGCGCUCCGAAAAUGAAGUUGACGAAAAUGAACCCACUUCCAAGCCCAUGAAAGCAGCAGUGCAGCACAGCCACGAGUCAGACGUCUACGCUCGACUCAUGUACAAACACCUCAACCCGCAGUCAUCCAAGCAGCGCCUUCGGGCUCUGAUCGACGACAAACCAGAACCACAACCCGAGAUUGAACCUGCCUCAUCGCCAGCGCCCGGUUCCCUCGCUGAGCAGCUUGCUGCGGCUGCCCUCGACAAAGAUUCCACCGCUUCGAGUGAACCUCAGGCGAUUGCCAAGCGAGCACAUCCUCUUGCCACGACUGACUCUCCUCUGGCCAUAGCCACCGACACACAAGAUGCUAGCCCCAAGCCGCCGACGACAGUCUCGGCUGCCCCGAUGCCACCCCCUGCCCCGCCAGCCCCGCCAGCACUUGCCAGUGGUGUGCCGGCGCCACCUCCACCGCCACCUCCGCCAGGCGCACCUGCACCCCCUCCCCCGCCGGGCAUGGGUCUUCAGCUCGGUGCUACAGCCAACAAAGCCAAGCCUGCCAAGCUCAACCAGCUCUCCAUGAUGGAGCAGCGCCUCCGCAGUCGCAUUACCAAAAAACAGGCAGUGAGCAAGGACGAUCAGCCAAAACUGGAUGACAAGACCCGACGCUGGGCUGAGAUCCAAUGCCGAGCUCGCAAGAUUACAUUGGACCAGUUUUUGAGCGCAGCAGAGCUCAAGCGUGCCGAAAUUGCUGAGAUUGCCAGUCGUCUGGCCACCGAUCUUCCUCAGACUCUGGAUGACGCUCGAGCAGUCGUGAGUGCGCUGGAUGGUUGCUCGCAGUGGUACCCCGGAGGCUCAAAACAGAUGAAGGCCGAGCUCGAGGGUUGGCAGGCUUUGGAGUCCAAGCUGGAGACCCUCGUCGAGUACGUGCAGGUUACCGAUGACAUCACAGACUCGUUGGAGAAUGGAUUACCCGAGCUGCGUGACUUUGGUGCCCACCUACAAGCUUUGCGCGAUCUCUUCCGCGAGAAGCAACACCGCUGGGGUGCUUGCCUGCAAACCUUUGGCCAAACUUGGACCAAGCUGGGCCUCGCCACUGAAGUCCAACUCCUUGAUGAUGCAUGGGGUUUUAUGAAGGCCAUCCCGGUUGCGUUUCUGGCGCGCUUGGAGCGUGACAUGGCUAGUAUGAAACGUACAGGCUUUCGCGUUUUGCGUGCUCGCGAGUUGAAAGAACUGCUGAUGGAAGCACUGCAGCAAUCAGCCAUGCUGGCCACUCUCUGUCCGGAUUAUGCAGAGCAAGCUCAGUCCCUAUGCUUGAAGGCUCUGCAAAGCAAUCUGGAGCUGCUGCAGGAUAUCUUCGACCACUACACCGUCAAGCAGGGACGCCCAACCGUUUGCAAACACUUUGACGAUGUCAUCAAGCGCAUUUCCAUUGCUCGCGACUUGUAUCGUCAAGUUGGCAAGCAGUCGGCCAAGACCGUGGCGUUCAAGGACCGAGAUGUCUUGUUCCAAAAAGCUUUGCGUGACAACGACGAGUUGGCGGCGAGCAUGCAUCAGAGCUGCACCAGCUUGCUCCAACACAUUGUCGGCAUUUCCGAAACCACUUUGGAGGACAUGGUCACCUCGCCCGGACGAGGUGGUGCUGGCAAUGGCAGCGACGAGCUUGUACGCUGGUUGAUGUAUGCUUGCCGGUUUGUGAACAAGGUGCUUGAGUGCUUUGGACCCGCGAGCCUUGAGGAUGAUGAGCGCGUUCGUGGUUUGCUGCAGUCUCUGCAGGAUCUCGAAUAUCGGCUGCCCCCGUCCUCCAAGAGCACGGAGGCCGGCACUCCAAAACGUAGCAAACGGCUAAAUGCUCCACCCUCCAUGACCACAGAGAGCAGCUUUUGA